AGUGACCAGCAGCUGGAUUGUGCCUUGGAUUUGAUGAGGCGUCUGCCUCCGCAGCAGAUAGAGAAGAACCUCAGCGACCUCAUUGACUUGGUCCCGAGCCUCUGUGAAGAUCUCCUCUCCUCUGUGGAUCAGCCGUUGAAGAUUGCACGAGACAAGGUGGUAGGAAAAGACUAUCUAUUGUGCGACUACAACAGAGAUGGAGACUCAUACAGAUCACCGUGGAGCAACAAGUACGAUCCUCCCCUGGAAGACGGUGCCAUGCCAUCUGCUCGCCUGCGCAAGCUGGAGGUGGAAGCCAACAAUGCCUUUGACCAGUACAGAGACUUGUAUUUUGAAGGUGGAGUCUCCUCUGUCUACCUCUGGGAUCUGGAUCAUGGUUUUGCCGGGGUGAUCCUCAUUAAGAAAGCUGGAGACGGAUCAAAGAAGAUUAAGGGAUGCUGGGAUUCCAUCCACGUGGUGGAGGUUCAGGAGAAAUCCAGUGGCCGUACCGCUCAUUACAAGCUGACCUCCACAGUGAUGCUGUGGCUGCAGACUAAUAAAACCGGUUCUGGUACCAUGAACCUCGGAGGGAGCCUUACCAGACAGAUGGAGAAAGACGAGACUGUGAGCGACUCCUCUCCCCACAUAGCCAACAUCGGACGCUUGGUAGAGGACAUGGAAAACAAAAUCCGAAGUACGCUGAACGAGAUUUAUUUUGGGAAAACGAAGGACAUCGUUAAUGGGCUGAGAUCUAUCGAUGCUAUCCCCGACAACCAAAAGUAUAAGCAGUUGCAGAGGGAGCUUUCUCAAGUGUUGACCCAGCGCCAGAUCUACAUCCAGCCUGAUAACUAAACCAGCCCAGGUCUGUGCAGACUUUUGCAGACAAAUCAAAACAAGAAGCUCUUAAAAACGACCUGGUGGAGGCUUUGAAGAGAAAGCAGCAAAGUUAAAAUCCUCUUGAUGCUAACAAGACAUGCCAUGCACUCGUUAGAUUCCUUUCUUAGAAAACUCAUCCUCCUCCCCGCCCUCGCCCUUUUCUGUUCCGUCACGUCACGAUUUGCAUCCAGUACUCCCCACGCGACGCCAUCUUCUCCCCAUGAAUAAAGCUGUACAAACUU